UUACAUGUGGAUUUUUCUUUUCAUGUGUGUCAUUGUCUAUGCUUCCUUUUGAAUCACUGAUUUUAUAUGUUGCUUUGUAGUUACACGUUACGUAUUGCCUGUAUUUUAACCGUAUUAAAAUAAAUAAAUACUAAGGUUUUAGUGUCGGGUUGUCAGCUUAUACAGGUUUAUAAAUUCCAAAUCUUACUCCGUUAGUUUUUAACUUUUGGAUUACAUAAACUCAGUAAAAACAAAGCUUUUUUAAAUAAUAAAAUAAUCUGUCAAAUCAUCUCAUGUAAAAAAACUUAAGACAUGAACUCCAGUUCUGUUUUCCUUUAGGAGAGAAAAGAGACAUAGUUGAUUCAGCAGAAUAAUGUGUUUGACAUGGUGUAUCAUACAAAUGCAUAGUUUAUUUUUUAAGAAAUGGCCAUUAAAUCUGUAUAUAUAACAUAUAAUAAAAACGAUUACUACACAAUAAUAAAUAGUCAAAAAGCAGAAAUAGUAGUUGCGUAUUCGAAUGCACAUCAGAACUAUAUUGGCUCUCUAUCAGUCACUGUAAAGCACCAAUACUUAAUGGUAUUCACCAUAGUGUAAGUGUGCUACCACAGGGUAAUUGAGUAAUAAAAUACUUAAUAUGCUGUUAAGUGUUGAAGUGUCAUAUUGUGUUGAAACACAGUGACUUCCUCAUGUAUCAUGUUUUUUUGAUUGUUGAAAACCAUGUGAAGGUUUAAUUAUAUGACAAAAACAAUUUUAAAAUUCUUGUAUUUGAAUAACUUCUAGAUGUUUGACAUUUUCCUUUAAAGGCAACCAAAGCAAGUAAUGAUCAAAAUCUUGAAAAUAAAUAAUCAGGCGUAAAUUUAGGUUGGUUGAAUUAAACUUUGUUAAAUGUCAUUUAUUAGCACUAUAAUACAGUACAAACAAAAUCAAGCACUUAAUAACAUUUUCACCCCCCAGAAGUUGAAUACACAGAACCCACAGCUGUGUUUUUGUAGGUGUGCACUGUUACGCUUCACUUACAGUCUAAAGUAACACACCUGUCGACAAACAACAUUUCACUGUUGGCUCAGUUGCCAAUAUAGUGCACCAAAUAACUGCCUAAAUUAAAGUCAUAGCAAAGUUAGUCAUAGCAAAGCUGUACAGUUUGUUCUUCUCCUUAUUUAAUCAAGGCUAAUCAGUGUGUAAUGAUCGCCGACUGUUUCACACCGUCUUGUGCUCAUACUUCCGUCAAUGUGUGACCUUACACAGCAGAGGAUGUUUGUGCCUCUAUUGGUCUUUUUUAUCUCACUGUUGCUGUCUACGUAACUGCUCUUUGCCCUUGAUAUUGUUUUGUCCUGGUUAAUAUUGCACACUCAGCCUUCCUGGUGGUGGAUCCCUCUAUGAAUGGGCCCCACCGGAGGUUUCAUCCAACCUUGCCAAAAAAGGUUUGAUGCUGCCAGUGAAUGGCACCACCGGAGAGAGCAUGUCUCUCAGUGUUGCAGAGAGGAGGGACCUGGCAGAGGAAUGGUGUCGGAAAGCUAAGGGAAAAAUGGAUCAAGUGAUCGUGCAUGUCGGUUGCAUGAGUCUGAAAGACUCCCAAGAACUGGCUCGUCAUGCAGCACAGAUCGGGGCUGAUGGGAUAGCAGUCAUCUCCCCCUCUUUCUUCAAGCCCAGCACUGCAGACGCACUGAGAACAUUCCUCCAUGAAGUGUCUUCCGUCGCUCCAAACUUGCCUUUCUUUUAUUACCAUAUUCCAUCAGUCACCGGUGUUAACAUUCUGGCGAGGGACAUUUUGGAAGAUGUGUGGGAGCUCAUUCCCUCUUUUAAAGGAGUGAAGUUCUCAGGCAGUGACCUCAUGGAUUUUGGCCAGUGUGUCAGCUACUGUCAAACACACUGGUCAGUCCUCUACGGAGUGGACGAGCAACUGCUCGCGGCCCUGGUGAUGGGAGCCGACGGCGCAGUUGGCAGCACAUACAAUUAUUUGGGAUGUCAUGCUAGUGAGCUCAUGUCAGCGUUUGAGAAAGGCAAUAUUGUCCAGGCCAGAACGAUACAGUUCAAGAUGCAAGAGCUUCUCAGUUAUGCCAAGAAACUUGGCUUUGACCUUGGAGUGAACAAGCAGCUCAUGAACGAGUUGUCAGGUCUGUGUCUGGGUCCCCCUCGACUCCCUGUGAUGCAAUGUCCUAUGAGUGAAGCUCUGACCAUCGCUAAGAAAUACCGAAGCCUUUUUACUGAAUGCUGAUUUGGUCAAACCAGAUUGAUUUAACUCCAUAGUCCAUUCCCCAAUCUCCUGAGCAGAUACAUUCUGUUCUGCAAAGCACUUUGUAACUGUGUUUUGAAAAGUUGCUGUAUCAACAAAUGUUAUUGUACAAAAAUGUUCUUUUUUCAAUUAUUUUUGUUCUUAAAAUUACAUUACAUUACAUGUCAUUUAGCAGACGCUUUUAUCCAAAGCGACUUACAAUUGAAUUAAGUACAAUGAGCCAGGGGUGGAAUCGAACUUGCGACCAUUGCGACUAUGAUGUAUUUCGCACACAGGGUACCAGUCCUAACCACUGAGCCACUCCAUGGCAUAUAUGUCCUCGACGGCAUAUAGAAACCUUAACUAUUGCUAUAAAAACAUUCAUGUGGCAGGUUUCACAUGCACAUUUUUACUUGCUUAAAUAUACUACAAUGUUUGUUUAUUUUUCACGUACAUCCUCUAUCGAUCUUUUUAAAUCAACAACAUUGUUCAUCAUUUUGUCAGAGGUGAACGUUCGUUAAAACUCCAUAACAUGGUUAAGUUCAGAGAAUCUUGAAUUGCCACACAUCAGCAGUAUUAUUAUCAUGUACUGUUUAAGAUUAUUGUUGAAUGUCAUUUUGGGAAUUGAAGCACACGUAGCCUUUAUUUUGAAGUGACAUGUACGUUCACUUCUGCAUUAUUUCUUUGAUUCAGAUUUGUAAAAUGUUUGUAAUAAAACCUUUUACUUAAGGUUUACUUUUUUUUUACUUUUACUUUAGCUGACACCAUCACAGGCAGAAAGAGCAUUACUACAGUAGUCACUAUAAUAUAAUCAAGUAAAGUAGUAAUAAAAUACCUGUAAAUGGUAACCUGUAAAAGGUUCUUUUUUGUUAUGAAAUGUUGGUCUCUAAAGGGAAAUAUUUUGUUUAGGGAAGAUUCUUUGCUUCGUAUUGUAAUAUGUAAUUCUGAUAAAUGCAAGUUUGUUAGCUUACUCUGGAGAGUGUAAAAAUCAAGAGGCCAGUAUAAGACCCACACAAUCAUGCAGUGGUGUAUGUCAGUGUCUACAUUUUCCUUUUGCUUAAGAUUGAUGAUGAAAUACCCUUUGAUCUGAAGUUCAAUAGAUAUACUACCGUAUAUUCUUCAUCGAUUCUUCAUAGAUUAUUUAUAGUAACAGAUAUGUUGAGUCUUUUUCAUGUGAAAGGAAGAAUCUACUCUGUUCUGGUGAAUGAAACACUAACAUCUUGUUUGUUUUUGUCAAUUUAUGUAUGCGCCCUAUUACAAAUUUAAGCAUCAAUGGCUUGGUUAUUAAAAUGAGUGACCAAUAAGUAAAAAA